GUGUGCCGAAGGGGUGGGCUGCGCAGGCGCGCAGGGAGCCCCGGCUCCGGAGCAUAAACAAGAGCGGGGUCGGGAUGAGGCGGCGGUUGAUCCUCCGGCAGCAAGCUGCGGUGACCCAGGCGGCGAGCGGGGACCGGCGCCGACCCUGAGCGCACGCGACCCUCUUCCCGCGCGCGAGCCCCGGGUCGGGCUCACCCGCCCGCCGCGCGACCACCAUGAACCUGGCGAGUCAGAGCGGCGAGGCCGGCGCCGGCCAGCUGCUCUUCGCCAACUUCAACCAGGACAUCACGUCCCUAGCUGUUGGUAGUAAGUCCGGUUAUAAAUUUUUCUCCCUUUCUUCUGUGGAUAAGCUGGAACAGAUCUAUGAAUGCACUGAUACUGAAGACGUGUGCAUCGUAGAAAGAUUGUUCUCAAGCAGCCUCGUGGCCAUCGUCAGCCUCAAAGCUCCUAGGAAGCUAAAAGUUUGCCACUUUAAGAAAGGAACUGAAAUCUGCAACUAUAGCUAUUCCAACACGAUCCUGGCCGUGAAGUUGAACAGGCAGAGGCUCAUAGUGUGCCUGGAGGAGUCUCUGUACAUACAUAACAUCCGGGACAUGAAGGUUCUGCACACGAUCAGGGAGACGCCCCCGAACCCAGCAGGCCUGUGUGCGCUGUCCAUCAACAACGACAACUGCUACCUGGCGUACCCAGGCAGUGCCACCAUCGGGGAGGUGCAGGUCUUCGACACCAUUAACUUGAGAGCUGCGAACAUGAUCCCAGCUCACGACAGUCCUUUAGCCGCGCUGGCUUUCGACGCCAGUGGAACCAAGCUUGCCACCGCUUCCGAGAAGGGGACCGUGAUUAGGGUAUUUUCCAUUCCAGAGGGACAGAAACUCUUUGAAUUCCGGAGAGGAGUUAAGAGGUGUGUGAGCAUCUGCUCUUUGGCCUUCAGCAUGGACGGCAUGUUCCUCUCCGCCUCCAGCAACACUGAGACUGUGCACAUCUUCAAACUUGAGACUGUGAAAGAAAAACCUCAGGAGGAGCCCACCACCUGGACUGGGUACUUCGGGAAGGUGCUCAUGGCUUCCACCAGCUACUUGCCCUCCCAAGUGACAGAAAUGUUCAACCAGGGCAGAGCCUUUGCCACAGUCCGCCUGCCUUUCUGCGGCCACAAAAACAUCUGCUCCCUGGCCACAAUUCAAAAGAUCCCCCGAUUGCUGGUGGGCGCAUCCGACGGGUAUUUAUACAUGUACAACCUGGACCCCCAGGAGGGGGGCGAGUGUACCCUGAUGAAGCAGCACAAGCUGGAUGGCAGUAUGGAGACAACCAAUGAAAUCUUAGACUCCGCCUCUCACGACUGCCCCUUAGUGACUCAGACCUACAGCACAGCUGUAGCCAAAGGUACACACGUGCCUGCGUCCCCGACAAGACUUGGUAAGGGCUGUGACACAAACCUAGAAGCCUACACAGACGAGCUGGGUGCAGCAGGUGGCACUUGCCUGGAAGAUGAAGCCAGCGCCCUGCGGCUGGAGGAGGACAGUGAGCACCCUCCCAUGAUUCUUCGGACGGACUGACUUGACCUGUGAACUCUGACCCCAAAGCAGAGAACACUGGCUUGACAGAGGACUUUGUGUUAUGCUGCUAUGAACUUUGACCUGAGUUGGGGGAGAGCUUGGCAGAGACUUAAAAAGAAAAAAAAAAGAUUGUAGCUGUAGUCUCAUUCCCUACUGUUGAAAAAUACAUGGUUUUCAGUGGCUUUUAAUUCUGCUUAUGAAUUUUAGCUUUUUGUUUGUUUUCUCUUUUUGCCAAAAUUAACUGUUUGGUGAAGCCCUUGAAACCUCCUUGCUUUGCAUGCGUUAAUGUGCCAAGGCAGCAUAGGACAGCUAGGAGCCACUUCCUAACACGCUGCAUUCGCCUGGUUUUUACAAUCUGUAUAUAAUGAGCGCAUGGCGGUGCAGAGCUGGUCUGCCUGUGGAGGCUGGUUCUGCUCAGACAGGUCCGCGGCCCCCAGGGCUGGGCCGGCAGCGGCCUCGUGGAGGGGUCCUCUCCCAGAGCCCCGCCCACCUGGGCUAUGUUCUCCGCUUUAUUUUGUUAAUUAAAUUCUUUCCAAAUUGGA